UCUAACUGCAACCAUGUCAGGCCGUGGCAAAGGUGGAAAAGCUAAGGGAAAGGCGAAGUCUCGCUCUAAUCGUGCUGGACUCCAGUUCCCCGUUGGUCGUAUUCACAGACUUUUGCGAAAAGGAAAUUACGCCGAGCGCGUUGGCGCCGGUGCUCCGGUCUAUCUAGCUGCAGUGAUGGAAUACCUUGCCGCUGAAGUAUUGGAAUUGGCGGGAAAUGCCGCUCGUGACAACAAGAAGACCAGAAUUAUUCCUAGGCAUCUCCAACUGGCCAUUCGCAAUGACGAGGAAUUGAACAAACUGCUCUCUGGUGUUACAAUCGCUCAAGGUGGCGUACUGCCGAACAUUCAAGCAGUCUUGCUGCCAAAGAAAACUGAAAAAAAAGCUUAACUGCAGCAAUUACAAACGGCCCUUUUUAGGGCCACUAAUUUUUUCAUACGAAGAAUAUUUCAUUUGCAAUUUUAUUAUCAUUAUAUUUCCUUUAAUUCUUAUGCACU